GAAGACGACGACGACCAAGCCCUCUAUUGCACCUGCCGCAAACCCCAAGGCAAAAGAUGGAUGAUCCAAUGCGAUGGGUGCGAUGACUGGUUCCACGGCACGUGCGUCAAGAUCAAUGAAGUGGAUGAAGGGUUAAUUGAUAAGUGGUAUUGUCCGGGGUGU